CAUGUAUCCGGUGUGUAUACGCACCAACACUGCUGUAAACCCCAUGUUUCGCUCAGCAGGGACUCACGUGUGUGCCAGUGCGAAUGAGUGGGUCGGUCGUAUGAUGCGGUCUCAGUCUGGCGCGCGGGUUGAAGUAGAUGGAUGGAUAGAAAAACUCAAAAGUUAACGUCAACCGGGGCCGGUGCGCCUUUGCUCCGGUGGUGUGACGCUGCUGCUGCUGCUGCUGCUACUGGUACUGGAUCUGCUUGCUCUGGUUGGGGUUUAGCAGUCACACGGGACGAACGUUUAUACUCUCUGGAGAUCUACUUUCGGAACAGAAGGAAAACCGUUUUGAGCAAAUCGGACACUGGAGACCAACACCUGUGCUUCGGUGAAUGGUAGAGUAGGAAGAAAGAGAAAGAGUGUUGUGAGCAAAGUGUGUGGCGACAUCUGCCGCAUCGUAACAAGUGAUUGGUGAUUUAUGUGGUUUGGAAAAUUUGGGUAUCCGAUCCCUGGCGGCUUUGCAAAGUGUCCAUCGCAGAUAAUUCGGAAGUGACAUUCAAUGGCACGUGCCAGCUAAGAUAUUCAAACUGAAGCUGAAGUGACAAGUGGAAAGUGCAAUCGCGCGCGUGUUUGUGUGUUCGUGUGCGGAGAUCUUGAUAACUAUUUGCGGACGCCCAAGUGACCCAAGUUUCGGAAGCUCGCGUUCGGCGUUACUGUGACGGCUUCAGUCAGCGUGCAUUCAGGUCCAGAGCCUGACUGGCCUUUCUUCUUCCCCAAAGCGAGCACAAUAGUCGCCACGGUGUACGACAACGGACUCAAGCUGCGUUCGGACGAGACCGUGCCGGGCUUCAGCUCGGCAUCGCCCUGGCCAACGCUAGAGCUAGAAUGGGGCCGCAAGUUGUACCCAUCAUCGGUUCCCCGUGGAGCCGGUGGCAUGAUGUUCGGUCUUCCGCCAACCGGGGCGGAUAUGAAUCAACCCCGUGGUCCAAUGACCUCCCUCAAAGAGGAACCUCUGGGAGCCCGCGCCUGGAUGCAACCGGCCGUCGUCGAUCAGGCAAACUUGGGAAUAGGACGAGCCCACUUCGAGAAGCAGCCGCCGAGCAAUCUGAGGAAGUCUAACUUCUUUCACUUCGUAGUGGCACUUUACGACCGGGCCGGACAGCCCAUCGAAAUCGAGCGGACAGCUUUUAUCGGUUUCAUCGAAAAAGAUCAGGAAACUGAUGGACUGAAAACCAACAAUGGAAUCCAAUACCGACUACAGCUCCUAUACGCCAACGGUGCCCGCCAGGAACAGGACAUCUUCGUGCGACUCAUCGAUUCAGUAACGAAGCAGGCCAUUGUCUACGAGGGGCAGGACAAAAAUCCGGAGAUGUGCAGGGUACUGCUCACCCACGAAGUGAUGUGCAGCCGAUGUUGUGACAAGAAGAGCUGUGGCAAUCGCAACGAAACCCCAUCAGAUCCUGUGAUUAUAGACCGAUUUUUCCUUAAAUUUUUCCUCAAGUGUAACCAAAACUGCUUGAAGAAUGCCGGCAAUCCACGUGACAUGCGACGAUUUCAACAGGUAGUGAUAGCGACCCAAGUUGCGGUGGAUGGGCCGCUCCUGGCGAUCUCGGACAAUAUGUUCGUGCACAACAACAGCAAGCACGGCCGGCGGGCGAAACGACUCGAUCCCGAAGGUACGGGAAGUUCUCCGUUGGCAAUUACGGGCCAUCCGCUGGCACCGGACAGUACGUACGACGGCAUCUAUCCACCGCUACCAAUGGCAACCCCCUGUAUCAAGGCGAUAUCACCGAGCGAAGGAUGGACGACGGGAGGAGCGCAGGUAAUCAUCGUUGGCGAUAACUUCUUCGAUGGACUACAGGUGGUUUUCGGCACGAUGCUGGUGUGGAGUGAGUUGAUAACAUCGCACGCCAUCCGAGUGCAAACGCCGCGCCACAUACCGGGCGUAGUGGAUGUAACGUUAUCCUACAAGAGCAAACAGUUCUGUAAGGGUUCACCCGGUCGAUUCGUCUAUGUUUCUCUGAGUGAACCUACCAUCGACUACGGUUUCCAACGGUUACAGAAAUUAAUCCCCCGACAUCCCGGCGAUCCUGAAAAUCUUCCAAAAGAAAUCAUCCUCAAGCGGGCGGCAGAUCUCACCGAGGCUCUCUACUCGAUGCCCCGCUCACCGAACGGUUCCUCCGGAUUCAACUCCUACAGUGGACAGCUGGCGGUGAGCGUUCAGGACGGCGCCGGACAGUGGGCAGAAGCCGAUGAGUACACCCGCGCCCAAAGCAGCAGUGUGAGUCCACGGGGAGGCUACUGCAGCAGUGCCUCGACCCCACACUCGUCCGGAGGCGGUUCGUAUGGAAGCAGUAACGGUUACGCAACCACGUCCAACAUGAGCGGCCUAACCUCCUCACCCGCCAGUGUCUUCAAUUCCUCUUCGAUUACUUCAUCGCCGAAUCUAUGGCACUCGCAACUCGUUCCAUCCCACGGCUACUCCGCCACUGGUACGCAUCAGUUUUGGCACACUUCCUCAUCGUCUGUAGCGACAGCGGUUUAAAAACGUUCCUUUACUGAAUCAACGGACUGAUGAGUGGUAGCAGCGGUUUUAGUCCGUACUCGAUGACUGCUUGUGGAUCCCAGGGAUACACACCGAGUCCACUGGCAGUCUCCACCACAACGUCCAAAUAAGGGAAAAAGCCCGCAAACGCAGGAAAAAACAUUGUUCGUUGUUUGUUAAUAGUUUACUCGACCACCCUCCUGAGUUCAGUACCUAUUUAUUAUACUCACCUUAGUUUGGUUUUUAUGUGCAAUAAGAGAAACAAGAACUCACAGUCGAUGUGCUGUAAAUUUGUAAAGUUUGUAUAAUAAGACAAAAAAAAACACACGCAGUUAUUUAAUAAUUGAAGCGCAAGAUGCUUAGUAGUUAAAAUAUUUUACGAAAGAAAAAAGAAAUCAACGAAUUACGUAAAAAAUAGUAAUAAUAAUACAUAUCUAACAGCAAACAGAAACGAAACACAUUUCAUCAGUCAUAUCUACAUGUCAGACAGUAAAAGAAGAAUAUAGCCUAGACAGAUAGUUAUUGUCAAUGGAAAAACAAGCGCGGUUUGGAGCACCCAAGAAACGAAUAUCAAAAGAAACAUAAUUCUAAAAACAAAAGUAAAUACUGCAAUCAAAGCGACCAUCCUCGCGAGAUGGCGCAAAUUUGUAUACGAGAGGGUCACACAGAGUUUUCCGGAUAAACGUUUUCACUUAAUCGCCCUCCUGCGAAAUUCUUUAUCCAGGAGAGAAACCCUCUUCGCUCGGCUAUCCACACACCACUAUCACUUUCAUCCCUAGUGAUGGGGCAAAAGAUCUCCUUGUAAAAACAACUAACCAUUGGUACUUAGUUUUACAGUGUAACCAACAUGCGUCGCGCGUAAUAUUUAUUAGUUUUUAUUAGUGCAAAUUUUCCAGCUAGGGUUUCUUCGAAUUUCUUCGUAGGGUUACUCAUUCGAACAGUGUAAAACUCACAACAUACAAAAUCAAAGCAAAACACGAACAGCAGCAUAAAACACUCAAGUAAAUGAAGAAAUAAAAAUCAAUUAUUGUUAAAUAGUUUCAAUUUUUGCAAGUGUAAAUGAAACGAGUUUUAAUCGAUUAUAAAAAAAACAAAAAAAAAUGGAAGAAUGCUCUUAUUAUAUACCUAAUAGGAAAUUAAUCAAUUAUUGAUCCAGAUCGAUACUAGCGUCACUUAAAACCAAGAGUAACGGAAAUCAGUGCACCAGUGGCAAUUGGAAGAAUAGAAAAGAAUGGAUAUCAAGAACAGCAAACUGAAAAACGAUCAAAUAAAU